AUGGUGGAUCGCGUGGAUUGCUCGGGCGUCUAUAUAGACGACCGAGUGCGGUCAGAACGAUGGGUGCGCAGAAAUUCAAUCGAUGCAUCAACUAUAUCGUCAGCAGGUUCCUUUGGGACUCCAGAUGAGCCGGUGGCCUUACAGGCCGAUGUGGAGCUGCUUCUGGAAACCUGCAAACAAGUCUAUCUUUGCCACAACGGAACCACUUUUGCCAACAAGUUGGCCGAGCUCAGCGACCGUGCGGGUAACGAGUGCAACCCGAUUUUCGCUUUCUUCGAUGUAGACUUUAGCGGCGAAGAAUCGAAUUUGGCUCGCCGAAAAGCCAGCCGGGCUUCGUGGAUGGACAACGGGCCUCCAUCACCCGGUUCCAUUCAUCGCACAUUCACCUUUUCAACCCAAUCCGACGAAGCACGUGGGCUUUCACUUCUAUCGGGAAUCUCGAACGACAUCCAAGUUCAAGAAGGACCGAAAUUGAUCAUCCCUAUUGCGGUUCUGCGACUACCCAGUCCAGACACGCCUGCCGGGGAUGCCGGUCCAACCAGUGACCCGCUAUCUCGUGGGCCUCUCACGCUAGAGCAUAAACAGAUCGCCCGUUGCCUUGAUGCUGGGGCAGCAGACGUUUUGACGACCCCGCUCGAUCGGGCACGAAUCCAAGGUCUUGUGGUCCAUGCCUAUCGCACGCGUAAAACGGCACAGCGAGAGAUGUCCGGUUUCCUCGCAAGAAGAAAGCUACGCAAGCUUUCAUGGGUUGGUGUUAACAACAAUGAACAGCCAUACUCUUACUUGAGAGAGGCUAUGGUUUCCAAGCUCAUGAAAGGAAUUUGCGACCCGGAAGAGGUCAUUUCUGAGUUCCAAGAAGGGGAGCUCGAUAUUGAUCUUGACCGUGUGCCUUUUAUUAAAGAGCAGCUAGCCAGCUGGAAGUUUUCGGCUCAUGAAUUUACCGAAGAUGAACUGGUGUUUGGCGCUUGUGAAAUCCUCCAGCAUGCUCUCACUAUGCCAGGUCUAGAUCAUUGGAGGUUAACCCCUGAUGAACUGCAAAACUUUUUGCUUGCCUGUCGUGCUGCCUACAACUCGUUUGUGCUUUACCACAAUUUCCGCCACGCGAUUGAUGUGCUACAAUCCGUCUUUUGCUUCUUAUUGAACAUCGGUGCCUUGCCGCCAUACCGACCAGCUGGGCAAACCCGCGUUCCCGAAUCUCCGAUCGCCUCUCUCCUCGCGCCAUUUGAUGCACUCACUCUCUUGAUCUCGGCUAUUGGUCAUGAUGUUGGUCACCCAGGUGUCAACAACUUUUUCUUGGUCAAGCUUAACGCCCCUCUCGCACAACUUUACAACGACAACUCCGUUCUCGAAGCAUUCCACUGCGCUGCUUUCUCUCAGAUCCUCCGCCGACACUGGCCAGCAGCAUUCAAGGAUAAAUCUUUGCGAAAACUUCUGAUCAGCUCUAUUCUGGCGACAGAUAUGGGUGUUCACCAGAAAUUUAUGCAACGGAUGGGUUCAUUGCAAGAACGAUUCUACGAGAAUCAUAAAAGUGUUGAUGGCUGGAAACCACAGGAUGUCGACUUGUUCAAAACACUUGUCUGUGGAUUAUUGAUCAAAUGUGCCGAUAUCAGCAAUGUUGCUCGGCCGUGGAAAAUCGCAGAGAAGUGGACCCAAAUCUUGCAGGAGGAAUUCGCCAAUCAGGGUGAGAUGGAGAGGGAAGUUGGUAUGGAAACUGCGCUCUUUGGUGGACCGCCAGAGUUAGGCAAUGUCUACAAGCUGGCCACUGGCCAAAUUGGAUUCAUGUCAAUCUUCGCGCUCCCACUUUUCGAGGGCAUAUCCGACCUUCUGCCGCAAUUGGAGUUCACCGCAGACCAUAUUCGUCGCAACCAAGCACAAUGGCAGAAACUUUCCAAUGACGAACUAAAGAAGCAGGGGUUGCCUAUUGAGAACCGGGCUGAGAUCACUGUUUCGCCUCGUUCCCAUAGUCCGGCCACUGAAUCGACCGGCACCGAAAAGGGACGUGCUAAUUCGGAGCUGAAGUCUCCUGCAUCAUCUGCAGAUACAACCUCGGCUUCAAUCAACGAAAACACCAUUGAGCCGGUCGUUUCGCCGGAUACCACAGGUCCUCAAAUUGAGAUCACGGGAACACCUCUCGCGCCGUCUGAAUUCCCCUCUCGCAAGUCAUCAAGUGCCAUGCCCGACAUGUCCUAUUUCUCGAUUCCAGGUGCUCCAGAGUCGCAUCGUGGAUCUGUUGGAACACAGUACUUUAGCCCCCUCCCGGAGUCCAAUCCUUCCACAGACGAUCCAGCUGUGCUCGCAGCUGUUCUGUAUGCCAAUUCUGCGAGUGGCAACGUCCCCGCAGGAACUAGGGAACGUGAUCAUGCGUCCGAAUCUGCCGAUAGACCGAGCAGCUCCCGCCAAGGCAUCAUGCACGGCUCUCAACGCCACCACGCGCACCACAGCUCAUCUGCUCGUACAGGCUCCAACCGUAAUAGCUGCACCCGGACACAGAGUACCUACAGCAACACAAUGACACCAAUCUCUCCCGCAACCAACGCCACAAGCUUUUUGGCUGUUGAUAGUGGAGAUGAAAAGCGAGUUUCUGGGGAAAGCGCGCCACAGAGUGAUAUUGGAGGACCAGAUGAUAGUAGCACCCGCCCCAGCACGGCGGACGCCUAUCCCGCAAGCAUUCCAGAGCAUUCAAGUGGCUACAGCCCUGGACGCAGUUCCGGAAUUGACGCUGGAUAUUCUCAAUCCGAAGAUGGUGUCACCAAAGACAUUUCUAGGAAUGGCCGUAGCCCGGCUCAGUCAACCACUACGGGCGAGAGCAUCAAAAAUGAAAAUCCGCAAGAGGACCCUCGUGGGCACCGCAAGCUCCCUAAACGGCGGAGCAGACUACGCCUCGCUUUCUGGAAACGUCGCAACCAUACAUCCGAGGUUCGCGGCGAGACCUGA